GAUAUGUGUGCUAUUGUUGUGCGGCGCGGCCGCUACGUAAUCUUUGUGUAGGUGUAGAAUAUGAGAAGGUUGAUGCUGGUUGAUGUGAAUUGUUGCAGACGCCGCGAGAUUUCAGAGUUGGACUUGCCUUCACAAAUUUGGCAAGUGGUUAUCACUAAAGAGUGAUAAUCGCGACGGCGAAGAGAGGGAGAGUAGGCAGAUUGCGUCUUAUGGUCCGCAGGUCGAUGGGCAUCUCGAUUUGACGACGAGGAUCCAGGAUGCUGAGGUUCCUGUCACGACGGAGGGCGCGUGGCGUCAGCGGUCAAACCGCUUCGUCGCAGAUCAAGAAUCAGAGAUUGCCCAGCAACAAAAAUAUUGUGCAAUGCAGGGUGGUACUGUUGGAUGGCACAGAUCUACCCAUAGAAUUAUCGAAAAAAGCAUUGGCUAGUGACUUAUAUGAACAAGUAUUUUAUAGUCUCGAUUUAAUUGAAAAGGAUUAUUUUGGACUUCAAUAUACAGAUAGUAAUAAUGUCCAACACUGGCUAGAUCCAACAAAACCUAUCAAGAAACAAGUUAAAAUUGGACCUCCGUACACGCUCAGAUUAAAAGUAAAAUUCUAUUCUUCGGAACCAAACACGCUGCGUGAGGAGCUGACGCGGUACCAGUUCUUCUUGCAGUUGAAGCAAGAUGUUUUAGAAGGCAAGCUUCACUGUCCUCAUCAAGUUGCAGUUCAGUUAGCUGCUUUAGCUCUUCAAUCUGAAUUAGGAGAUUACGAUCCUGCUAUGCACAGUGCUGCGACUGUAUCGGAAUUCCGCUUUGUGCCAGGCCAAACGGAACAGAUGGAACUGGAGAUACUGGAAGAAUAUAUCAAAUGUUCUGGUCUCAGCCCGGCCCAAGCAGAAUCUGCAUAUCUUAGCAAGGCCAAAUGGCUAGAUAUGUAUGGCGUCGAUAUGCACAUUGUUCUUGGUAAAGAUGCCUGCGAGUAUUCUCUGGGCUUGACUCCAACCGGCAUUCUGGUUUUUGAAGGCACGCAAAAGAUAGGCUUGUUCUUCUGGCCAAAGAUUGGUCGUUUGGAUUUCAAGAAAAAAAAACUGACGCUGGUGGUCGUAGAAGAAGACGAUGAAGGCAGAGGCGAGCAGGAGCACACUUUCGUGUUUAGAUUGGUGAACGAAAAGGCCUGCAAGCAUUUAUGGAAGUGCGCAGUGGAGCAUCAUGCUUUUUUCCGUCUACGUGCACCGGUUAAGGGAACCAGCGGCCGCCAGAACUUUUUCCGUAUGGGUUCGCGUUUCCGUUACAGCGGCAAAACGGAAUUUCAGACGACACAGCUGAAUCGGGCGCGCCGCACCGUGCAAUUCGAGCGACGACCGAGUCAAAGAUAUGCGCGACGACAAAGUCACGUUCUUCGCGAAAGGCAGCGUCAACAACAACAGGUAGAACAGCCGCAACCUUCUCCACCUCCAGCCGACGAAGAACCCUUGCAGCGUCAAUCGAAUCGAUCCAGUACAAAAUCUUCGAACUCUUCGAGUGUUCAGGGCACGUCAUCGCCUUUGGUAGAUUCUCUGUUGAAGUCUCUCGCCAAAGAUCAACAACCACUAGAGGCCAGGAACCAGACGACGGUUAGCAGUAGCGAGAAAGAGUCAGAACCUAUGAAAACCAGUUUGACGGUUGAAACUAUCACCAAUCAAGUGCAGCUAGUACCUAAUAAUCAAGUGGGUGGAAUAUCGUCGUUACCCCCUCGAACACCAAUUCCGCCGGAAUCUCUAAAGUGCAACAUACUGAAGGCUACUCUUGAGCAGGGGAAAAAUUCGAAUUUGGUCUCCAUUACGUCCACAGAAAGCUCUGGAGUAAUUGCAAAGAAAAAUCAACACUCAGAUGCGGCAACUAUCGUUUCCGUGGGUGGUGACAAAUUGACUCUCUCCGUGAGCGGAGCGACAACAGCAGUAAAUCCUUCUAUGGACGAUGCUGUUACUGUAACGCAUUUUUCGUUGGACAGUUGGGGACAGAUCGAACAAAAAACUACGUCGUUAAGCCCGAAAGUAUCGAACCAACAAUCACAAAAUCCUUUCAAUCCGUUCACUAAUGAUAGCAUCGAUACGUCUAAUACGCCCGAAGCUUCCGAGGAGGAAGCAAAACCGGAAGACGACAAGAAAAAGAACACCAAUCCAUUCAUAGACUCGAACCCAUUCUUGGGUAUUCUCAAUCCCUUUAAAGAUUUACAACCGGUUACAAUAGAGAAAAAAGUCGAGGCGGAUAUAGAAAAAGCCGGAGCGCGGGUUGUUAAAACUGAGGAGAUACAAACGACCACUACGACACUUACACACAAGGAUGAGAGUCAAGCGGCGUCAGACAUUAGUCCUUGGUUAGUAGCGGAUCCGUCACAAAGUCCAGCACCUGAUCAAACACCAACUAAGCAUACAAUAAUUACGAGAAAGACGGUAAUUACCACACAGUUAUAAAAUAUUUAUUAAAUAUUACAAAGAAAAAAAAUAAUAUCGAUAUACAAUGCGCGAGAA